CCUCACUCCCAACUUCAUCAUCUUACCUCCAUCUCCAACCCUUCUCUCUUCUCUCUACUCCAUCACCUUUCCUCUAUCCCUUUUCCUCUCCUCCCAGGUGCACUCAUCCAACCCUUCAUUCAGAAACUCAACUGACUCUCAACUUAAAUGAAAAUCUGACAAAAUGGCGAUGACAGAUCUGUUGAAAGCUGAGGAGAUCAAGAAAGCUCUUGAUGCCUUUGCAGCAGAAACAUUCGACCCUAAAAGGUUCUUUGAAAUGGUGGGAAUGAAGGCCAUGUCAGCUGAAAACGUCAAGAAGGUCUUCCAGGUUCUGGAUGUGGACGGAAGCGGCUUCAUAGAGGAGGAAGAGCUCAAGUUUGUACUGAAGGGUUUUUCCAAGGAUGGCAGAGAUCUGACUGACUCUGAGACAAAAGCAUUCCUCAACGCCGCAGACAAAGAUGGAGACGGCAAGAUCGGCAUUGAUGAGUUUGAGGGCUUGGUGCAUGAGUAGGGGCUAGUUGAUCAACCCCCUUCUUCUUCCUUCUCCUCUUCGUCCCUGCAUUCAUAUUUUGUUACUGCCACCUUCAAACUCCUCUUACUUUCCAUGGGACCCCACACAUGGAGUCAGACCAGGCCUGCUCUCUACAAAACACUACAGAAGCAGGCUAACAGGGAGUUACCAAUGAGGAGGAACAUACAGGCAUCUGUUUCAUUUUUCAUUUUUUAUAUAAAUUUAAUCACACAUGCUGUAUGGGUUUCAAAAUCAUUCUUAAUGAUUUCAUGAAGAUAGUUUGUGGUCUCAAAAAGGUGAUACCAGUACUGUAGGUGGUGUAAAUGUUAUAAAGACUUCUUAAAUCUUAAUUUCCUUCCUCUGUGUAUUUCAGGUUGUGCAUUUUGUCCGAUUGGUUUUACUUCUAGAUGUUCACGUCAGUGCACUUUCCUCCCACUCCUCUUCCUCAUCCAUCUUCCAUUAUCUCACCUCCUCUCCUCUAUCUCCUCCUCCUCACUCCCUGACUCUGAUCAGAUGAUGUAGUACAUACUGAUA